AUGCUGAGGGACUGGGGGUCAGCGAGGAGAAGGGCGGCUACACGGAGCCGGUGGGAGAGCGAGCAGUCUCUCCUGAAAGAAAGCCUGAUCUGCUCCAACACAGAACCCUGGCAGGCGUUUCCAGACUUUCCAGGAUUGGAGCGAGUUGGAGGGGUCGACAUCUCCUACAGUAAAGAAGAUGACACCAUUGCGUGUGUGUCCCUUGUGGUCCUCAGUUAUCAAGAUCUGGAGGUGAUCUAUGAGGACUGUCACAUGGUGCCCCUUGAUGCCACCUACGUUGCAGGUUUUCUGGCCUUUAGAGAGGUGCCAUCCUUGCCAUCCUUAUCAGAAGCUGUUUGCAGUCUGAUGAAAACCAAUCCAAGACUGAUGCCUCAAGUUCUCUUUGUAGACGGCAAUGGCGUUCUGCAUCACAGGGGGUUUGGAGUGGCAUGCCACCUCGGGAUCCAAACCGACCUACCAUGCAUUGGGGUCGCCAAGAAUCUGCUGCAAGUAGAUGGUCUGGAGAACAAUGAAGAACAUAAGGAACAGAUACGACAGCUGAAGAAUGGAGGGGACUUCUUUAACCUGACCAGCAGCUUGGGCAGUGUCCUUGGUACGGCUUUGAAAAGUUCUGAUAAAAGCUACAAACCCAUCUACAGUUCAGUGGGUCACAAGAUUAGCCUGGAGUCUGCUGUGCACCUGAUGCAUUCCUGCUGCAGGUACCGAGUGCCCAACCCAAUCAGACAGGCAGACAUACGAUCUAGGAAGUUUCUAGUUAAAAUCACAACUGUAGCAGAAUACUCCAAGGCUACAAGAUGACACUUUUCCCAAUGGAUCCUACAGGAAGUUAUGUCUGGUAACUCUGGAU